CACCUUCAGCAGCCUGGAAGGGCUGGAAUUUGAGUGGAGCGUCGCCAAGGACGACGAAAUGGAAAACUUGGAGCUCUCGAAGAAAAUAAGGAUUUUAAAAUACUCAGAGGCGGAGUAUUCCCCACCCGACUACAUUGUCCAGAUGGAAACGGAGGAGAAACAAGGCGACAGGAUUUUGGUCUCGGGAAUCAAAACCGGGGCAGCCGUCAUCAAGGUCCGAAUCCAGGAGCCUGUUUACAAGAAAGUUGCCGCGGCUUUGGUGCGCCUCUUGGUUUUGGAGAAUAUUUUCCUUAUGCCUUCCUACGAUGUCUUCCUGCUAGUGGGAGCUUAUAUCAAAUACAGAGUUGGCAAAAUAGUUCAGGGAAAGUUCACAGAGGUUGAGCUGCCUCUGGAGCACUACGAGCUGGAGCUGCAGGAUGAAGUGAAGGCACCCAACGGGUUUCUUUUUCUCCCGGUGGCCCAACUGGACACGAGUACAGCCACCGUCACUGCCCUCCAGCUGGGCCAGGUGAAUCUGGCCUUUGUCCAUAAGAACAUCCACAUGCGGGGAUCGCUAGGCCUUCCGAAUUGCACCAUAUAUGUGGUAGAACCAGGAUUUCUAGGCUUCACGGUCCAGCCAGGGAACCGAUGGGUCUUAGAAGUGAGGCGGACAUACACCAUCACCGUCGAAGUUUUCGACAAGUCGAGCACCAAGGUCUAUCCCUCCGAUAAUCUCCGAAUAACUCACCAGUUUCCCCAGGAAUAUUUCGAGGAGUUCACGUCUUCCGCGAACGGCUCCUAUCACAUCGUUCAGGUCCUGAAGGAAGGUGUGACGGUGAUUAAAGCCAUGUUGCUGUCUGUUCUUCUCCAGAGCGGCUUGGAAGAUUAUUUUGUCUCCCCCAUCAGCCACGAGCAAGAAAUGAAGAUCUACCUUCCCAUCACGCUGACCCCUUCCUUCUUAGCCUUCCCCUACCAUUCUCUGGACCUCUUGUACCGCCAUAAAGUCCAGGUGGACGGGGGCAGCGGCAACUUCACCUGGACCUCCUCCAACCAGUCGGUGGCCACCGUCACCGUCAAAGGCGUCGUGGCCGCGGGACUCACCGAGGGGCAAAGCGCGGUGCAGGCCAGAGACGUGCAGAAUCCCUUCCACUUUGGAGAAAUCCAGGUGUAUGUGCUGAAGCUGUCCAAGAUGGAGCUCCUGCCCUUCCACGCCGACGCCGAGAUCGGCCAGACCUUGGAGGUGCAACUCGCCAUGUACCACGUGGAGAAGAAGACGGGGACGGCCACCGCUUUCACCGACUGCUCGCUUCUGGCUUUGGAUGUCAGCAUGGACAAGCAAGGGGUGUUCGCCUUGAGCGAAGAAGGGAAGCAGAAAAUCGGCGCCACCUUCUGCUCCACCAUCCAGCUCACGGCGAAGUCCCUGGGGCACACACUAGUGACGGCCAGCGUCACCGUCUUUGAGGAGUAUUUCGAAACCAGCGCCACUUUCGCAGCUUACGAACCCCUCAAGGCUGUGAACCCCGUGCAGUUGGCCUUGAUCACCUGGCAUUCCCUAAAGGAGAUGGUCUUUGAGGGGGGGCCCGGGCCCUGGGUGUUAGAGCCAUCCCGUUUCUUCCUGGAGCUGAAAAUGGACGAUAAGAAGAAAUUCCAGGUGGCGGAACUUCGGCUGCCGGCUCGGAGGAAGCAGAACCAGUACAUUUACCGAGUCACCUGUCUGGAAUUGGGGGAGCAGGUCUUCACCUUCCAGGUGGGCAACCACCCCGGAGUGCUGAACCCCAGCCCCGCCGUGGAGAUGGUGCAAGUCAACUUCAUAUGUGCCCAUCCAGCCAGCAUGGCCGUUACGCCCGUGUACAAGCUGGCCACCGGCGCGCCGCCGUGUCCCUUGCCUCAACACCACAAGCAAUUGGUCCCUGUUUCCAGUCUUAGAAACACCAUUCUGGAGCUAGCUCUGUUUGACCAACACCGGAGAAAGUUUGACAACUUUUCUUCCCUGAUCCUGGAGUGGACCUCGGCCAAUGAAAGCCUCGCUCGCUUCACUCACCCAAGAUCCAUGCAAAUGGUGGACAAGGACGACGGGACCGGACAGACAAGGCUCCACGGACACCAGCUGUUAGAGGUCCAUCAGAUCAAAGGGACAGUUCUGAUUGCGGUCAACUUUGUGAAAUAUUCCGAGAGAGGCAGCCCAAAAGAGGUCUCUAACUCUCCUGCUUCUGCAGCUGUGGAACUCUUGUUGGUUGAGGAUGUGACGGUGGUCCCCGAUAACGUCACCUUGUACAACCAUCCCGAUGUCAAGGAGGUCUUUGCUCUGGUGGAAGGCUCUGGGUACUUCCUCAUCAACAGCAGCACACAGGACAUGGCAAACAUCACCUACCUGGAGACAGAGAGCGCCAUCCAAGUGGUUCCUGUCCUGCCUGGUUCUUUGGCCCUGGAGGUCUACGAUCUCUGCCUCGCAUUCUUAGGACCGGCUACAGCUUACCUGCGAGUAUCAAACAUGUACGAAUUGGAGGUGGAUCUCAUUGACAAGGUUGAGAUUGGCAAAUCUCUGUUGGUCUCGGUGCGAGUGUUGGGGUCUCACCGUUCUGCUUUCCGCAGCAAAUAUUUCACCUACAUGCACCUCCAGCUGAAAGCCGCCUCCCCAAUUGUGAGCCUGACGCCAAUGGAGGAACUCGGCGAUUAUUCCGAAGUCUACAUGCUCCGAGCCGUGGCAGUUGGCCAGACGACGUUAGUGGCCACAGCUUGGGACAAAAUGGGAGUCAAAUUCAUGUCCCCGCCACGGAAAGUGGAGGUCUUCCCCCCCUUCAGGCUGUUCCCCGAAAAAACGAGCCUCAUCCCCCACAACAUGAUGCAGGUGAUGUCGGAAGGGGGACCCCAGCCUCAAUCCCUGAUCCACUUUUCGAUCAGCAACCAAACCGUGGCCGAGGUCAACGGGCUGGGACAGAUCACUGCCAAGGCCGUGGGCACAGCCUUUAUCCUGGGCACCAUUCGGGCUGUCAACGAAGACACGGGAAAAGUCAUUGUCUUCUCCCAAGAUCAGGUCGAGCUGGAAGUGGUUGAGCUGCGGAUGAUUCGAAUCCACGCCCCGGCCACCCGACUCGUCACCGGCACUCAGAUGCCUGUGUACGUUGUGGGGCUGAGCAGCACCCUGACUCCCUUCUCCUUCGGGAACUCUCGCCCACCCCUGACCUUCCACUGGGCAGUGAGCAAACGAGACAUCCUGGAUCUUCUCCCCAGGCACUCGGAGAUUUCCCUGGCCCUUCCUCCGGAGAGCAAUUUUGCCAUGGUGGUCCAGACCAGAGCCGCAGGCAGGACCAGCAUCAGGGUGGCGGUGCAGACUUCGGACGCCAAAGCCGGACAGUUCGAAGGAAACGUCACCGAACUCCUGGAUGAGGUCCAGAUCCUGGUCUUUGACAAACUUCAGCUCUUUUCUCCGGAGUGUCCCAUGGAGCAGAUCCUGAUGUCCAUGAAUUCGCAGCUCAAGUUACUUACAAACAGGGACGGAGCCGCCUUUGUCAGCACCCAGAUCCUGCAGUGCUUCCCGAAUUCCUCGGUCAUCGAAGAGGACGGGCACGGCCUCUUGAAGGCUGGGGCCGUCACGGGGACAGCGGUCCUGGAGGUGACCUCUCUGGAGCUCUUCGGCGCCAACCAGACGGUCAUCACCGGUGUGCGGGUGGCCCCAGUCUCUUACCUGCAGUUCAGCAGCACCCCAAAACUCUACACAGCCACUCGGGCUCCUCUGCUGGCGUUUCCCUUGGGCAUGGCUCUGACUCUCACCGUUCGGUUCUUCGACAGCGCUGGGGUCAGGUUUCACGCACAGAACAACCACCUGCACCUGGCCUUGAACAGAGAUGACCUCUUGCUGAUCCGGCCCAGCAACCAGAAUUACACCUACAGCGCUCAAGCCGUGAACCGAGGCGUGACCCUAGUGGGAGUUUGGGACGAGAGACACCCAGGCAUGGCCGAUUACAUUUCUGUCCCUGUGGAGCACGCCAUCGGGCCCCAUCUCUCCGCCCCGCUGGCCGUGGGAGACGUGGUCUGCUUCAGCACACCCCUGGUUAACCAGGAAGGAGAGCCUGGCACCUGGCAGAUCAGCCCCGGCCACGUGCUGCAGAUGGACGUAGUGAGCGGAGCGACGUUCGCAAAACACCCGGGAAAAGCCACCGUCUUCCACGAAAUCCCAGGAAUAGUCAAAACAUACCGAGAGGUCGUCGUUCAUAGCCCGUUGAGACUUAGCCUUCAACUCGGGCCCAAAAACUUCCUCACCAACGCCGCCAACGCCUCCGAAUUCCGGGUUUUCAUCUCUACGAGCGGCCCGACCACUCUUCAAGGUCCUUGUAGUUCUGAGCAAAUUCGGGCCAUUACCGACCUGCUUUCUCCAGAAUCCCAGCUGAUCUGCCAACUGAAUUUCAACCCCAGCAUCCUGGAUAUUCCAGCCAGCAAAAUAUUUCACAUCCAGCCGGCAUUUUACCCAGAUAAAGGGCUCUACGCUUGCCUGGUAACGGUGAAAGACCACCCCGAGGAGGACCUGCUGGCCCUCAGCACGACUGAGGGCUUCGUGGACGUGUCCGCCGCUCUCCGCAGCGAGCAAACUCGGGAAACCCAACGGGUCACGGUUCCCUUUUUACCCGCCUUCUUCCUCAACCAGAGCGAAAUUGUCCUGAGCAGUUCACAAAUGACCAGUGAGAUCUUGGUGUUGGGGGCCAGGAGAGUGACGGAAGCCAUCGAGGCCCAUCCCAGUUCUCCGGUGGUACAAGUGGAUCCCCCCCUCCUUCUCCCGGACAUGCCUGGACUUGUCCUCUUCCCCAUCCGCGUGGUCAACCUCACCUCCCUCCACCGGAGGGCAGCACCGGUCUUCGUCAACGUCUCUUGCGGACUCACCGGCCAGAGGGCGGCCGUCCUGGUGCGGCCCGAGCAGGAGCAACAUCUCAGCUUUGAUCUAUGCGCUGAAGCCAGCCUCGUCCGGCAGCUGGUGGGGUCCUACCAGGUCCUCCUCUUCACCAUCUUUGCCGUCCUGGCGUCUACCAUGGUCAUCUUUCUCAUUUACAAUGCCUUCCUGAACAGAGUUCAGACAGUCCCAGUUGUCUACAUCCCGUCGGCCUCAACCCAGGACGGUGAGUUUCCACAACCAGUCUGGGUCAAGAAUAAUAUAAUCCCAAUUCACCUUUUGCGAAUUUUUGAAAGCUAGACUGGUUGGUGGUGGGGAUCCUGUCCUGAAAAUUCCGUUUUCAGCCUUUCUAAAACUUUUAUGAAGUUUUAAAUGGGGGGAGGAGGGGGGGUUAGGGUUAGGGCUAGCCCCAGGAAGCAGUUUUCGCAGAAGAGGAGUUGGGGUUUUUUGGGGAGGGGUCGUUUCUCAAACCCUCCCCCCCCCACU